AUGAAUAAUAAGAAUGAACUCAAUGAUCGUCUCUUUUUAUGUGAGAUUGCAAGAUCCACAAAGUCUAUCAGUAGACGUCUGGAUUCACCGGUCUUGCUAGAGGGUUUCUCAAACAAGACAAAAAAGAUAAUGGAUCUACUUAUUAAGCUAAGAAAAUAUUAUAUUAUAAAACAUAUAUUAAUGAUAAAGACUUUGUUGGAAGAUCUUAGAGUGUUAUUGUUAAUCAAUGAAAAGAUGUCAUUUGAAUUGGUUUCACUGCAUGGUCAUUUCUUGAUAGUCGAUAUAUUGCUUGAUAUCAAAUCGCUAAAGAGUGGCGCUGACAAGGACAACGGUGAAACCACUACAAUCAAACGUGAAGAUAAGAAUAUCAUUGAUAUUCUCUCGAGAUUGUAUGCGAUCAUCAACGAGGUAUCGUCGAUACCACACAUACACGAAUGGAUCAUCAACAACGAUGAGUUGAUGAACAACCUCUUCCAUUCAUUACAUGCAAUCGAACCAUUGGAUUCUGCAAUUGCAAGUAUUAAUGAAAUAUUAUUAUAUAAUCAAACACAAUAUGUAUACGAUUUAAGAAAGAUUAAGAAUAUCUACAAGUUGAUAUCAGAGCUAUCGAGUGUUAGACUAUUCAUAUUCUUAAAGAUCAUAUCGACUUGUAUCUAUAUUCCCGAUCCAUACGAUGCACCUACCAUUCAACAAUCCAUUCAACUCAGAAACAAUAUAAAUACAUUAUAUAAUACAAAUCAAUCAUUAGUAUUAAAUUCACCAUGUUUAUUAGAGAAGCUUUGUAUAUUAUUAAGAAAAUCAACGGAAAAUGAUUGGGUAUCACCAUCGCUACGAAAAGGUGCAGGUAUCUCUACGAAUCAAGACGAUUGGAAUCAAUUGGAUAGAGUGACACGAAUUAGUUUCACCAACGACCAGCUGCUACAGAUUAUUGAGAGUUUGAAUCUCGAAAUGCAAAUGGGCGACCAAGAGGAUCCCUAUCAAUUCCUCAGUGAUUAUUCAAAGUCAUCGUAUCAAUCCGAUCUACUUCUCACUCUCUACGGACUUGCAAACGGUCCGCGUAAGAUCCAAGUACUAUCGGCACUGGAAAGAUUCGGAUUCAUAAAGAUACUACAUACAAUUAUAACAACCAUAGAUUGGACUAAAUCUGAAUUCAAUGAAGAUAAUGAUGCAUUAAGAGUUAAUCCACAUUAUAUUAAAAAAAUACAGUUACUGCGGUUCGUUUAUCUUUAUUUCGAUGUAGAGACCAUUGCCAAUCUAAAUGGUUGUCUAAUCAUUUCACAACACGAGAGAAAUGUCAUCAAUGGACUGGAGCAACCAAAAGAAGGUGAAAUAUAUUGGAUUCAAACACUUUAUGAUUCUUUUUUGAAAUGUGGAUUUAUUGAAAAAGAAAGAACUUUCUUAACUUGUUGUAUACAAUCAUCUUUUAGAGUACCAAAUUGUAAUGUUGCACCAUAUCUUGCAAAGCAAGGAUUGCUCAAUUCUUUAUUCAGAGAGCUCCUCUCUGGCAAAACUAUGUUCUAUCAAAUGAAUUUCGAUAUAUUGGGAGAGUUACUCAAGAACGACCGACAUCUUUAUCGUACACUCAAUCAAAUAUGCAUAGACGAACCAGAGUCAUUUUCGAUUCUUCGAAACAUCAUACUUUUAAAUAUUAUAGAUGCCAAUGUUUUUAUUAGAGCGAUUCUACUCUCUCAUUUUAAUUUAAAGAAGAAUAAUCUAUUGGAUACUAAUGUAGAUUAUGUAUUAUUUAAUUUUGUUUAUUAUGAAAAGAGACCUGAAAUCUUGGAGAAAGAAGGCCAUUUCGAUGAAUCAUUAGCAAUUCUAGAGGAAAUAGAUAAAAAAACACAUGAUUUUAUUGAUAGAACGUUGGAACUUUAUUCAGUUUGGAAAGAUUUCUACAAUUUGAAUUCGAGGGAUGCAUUCAGCAUUGAAUUCUCUUCAAAGUUUUCAUUCAAUGAAUUCAAUGAGAUUGUAGAGUUUUUGACAGUCACCUAUGGCAACACAAAUAAAACAAUACAAUAA